AAAACAAAGACUGACUCGAUAAGUCAGAUUAUAGGCAACAAAUAAUAAAUAUUUAUCAGAAUUAAAUAUUUCUUUUAUAGUUUAACAUAAUAUAUAUUGGAAAGUAUACAGACUCUUGAAGUAUCAGUGGUAUAGUCAAUAGUGUUAUAAAAACGCAUCAAAAAUGAAAGUUGCUAUUACUUUAGUCAUUUGUAUGGCGCUGUUUUCGGCUGUUAUGGCCGCAAUUCACGAAACUCUAACAGAGCAAAAAGUACAAGACGCCUACAAAAAAUGCGCGAACGAUAUCACCGUUGGCGUCAACCGAGAUAAAUCAGUUGGCUCAGAUCCAGAUGGUGCACACCUUAAGUCAGUUAUUACUGGAAAAAUGUCUGUAUGUUUUCUCAAAGAGAUUGGCUUGAUGAAUGCUGAUAAUACUUUGAACAUCACGGAAAUGAAGCAAAUCGUUGAAAAAAGGAUAGAUCCUGCAUAUGCAAAAAAAUUUUUGGAAGCUUGUACUGCUGAUAAGGGUAGCCCCGAAGCAACUGCUAUGAAUCUAAUACAAUGUUUUGUAAUAUGAAAAGCCUAUGUAAUAUAUGCGACUAAUUAUUUUAAAAUUUAUAGAAAUCUCAAAUAGUUAUAUUAGAUAAAGUGUUUAAGUAAUAAAUAUGAAUUAAUGUGUGACGCAAAAA